UAUAUAUAUAUAAUAUACACGUGUGUGUGUAAAUAACCACUUUUGCUGCUUUCGGCUCAUUUUUGAGUGCCAAAAUUGCUUCAUUGUGAGUUAAUUUUUUUUUUAAAUUUCGCUUUUAUCCAACAUGCAUAAGCCCACAAUUGUGAUUUAUUAUUAUUUUUUUUUAAUUCUUUUUUUUUUUUCAAAUGUUCUUACUUGAUGUUCAUUAAUUGUCAGCGUGCCAAGCGGACCGACAUGAGAAAUGUAUUUCAAUCACUUUUGUCUAAAAUAACUUGAAUGUGUUUACUUUUGUUUUUUUUUUUUCUCCACAUUCCCACGUGUAUCCGCUCGCCCGAUGCUGUAAGAUAAUAAAAAUAAAGUGUUUUCCUUUCUGACCUAAUAAAAUCAGGUGUCAGUGCUCCAUUGGAGCGGCGUCCGCGGCUAGCGUUCUCUCCACCUCCCGACAGAUAACGCGAGAGGGGAACAGGUUGCACUUUUCCCACUUCCAUGGCUGCCGAGUCGGAGAAGCAACUCUUGCUGGAGUCUCUUUCCUGUUCGGAGUCGGACGGCGACGAGGACGCGGGCUGGAACUGCGGCGAUGACGGCGAGCUGGCCGACUCGAGGGGGAGCGGCGAGAGACGCCGGGCCGGAAAGAGGCUCCUGGUGGCCUUGGUCAUCAGCUUCGUCUUCAUGGUGGCGGAGGUACUCGGAGGCUACGCCGCACACAGUCUGGCCAUCAUGACGGACGCGGCACAUCUGCUGAGCGACGUUGGCAGCAUCUCGCUGAGCGUCUUCUCCCUUUGGAUCUCGGGACGCGCGCCCACUCUCAGCCUGACCUUUGGUUGGCAUCGAGCAGAGAUUGUGGGCACGCUGAUGUCUCUGUCGUCCAUCUGGGCGGUGACGGCCGCGUUGGUGUGGUCGGCCGCCCGGAGGCUCGCCGACAGCGACUACGACGUCGACGCCGACGUCAUGCUGCUGACGUCGGCCUGCGGCGCGGUGGUCAACAUCCUGAUGGUGCUCAUCCUCCAUCAGUCCGGCGUCUCUCACGCCCACAACCUUCAGGGAAAGGACGAAGAGCGGCGGCGGGGUCACGGCCAUCGCCACGGUAACACCAGCGUGAAGGCGGCUUGCGUCCACGCGGUGGGAGACCUGGUCCAGAGCGUCGGCGUCCUGGUGGCGGCCGUCGUCAUCCGCUUCUGUCCUGAGUGGAAGGCAGCCGACCCGAUCUGCACGCUGCUCUUCUCGGUGGUGGUCAUGUGGACCACAUUCCCCACCGCCAGGGACGUCUUCAGAGUUCUGAUGGAGGGCGCACCUCCUGGCAUCAGCGUCGCCUCCGUGCGGGACGCCCUGCUGUCCGUGCGAGGCGUGUCGUCGCUCCACCGCCUUCACGUGUGGACCCUGGACAUGACCUGCGCUUCGCUUUGUGUGCACAUCACCGCUGAGGAAGGUGCAGAUCCACACGUCAUCCUCAAGAGGGCGACAAAGCUCCUGCGCUCCCAUUUUGGCUUCACCGCUGUCACCAUCCAAGUGGAACCUUCCGGAACCUCGCAAAACGACGCCUGAUGAACUUGAGCAGGUGGACGUUUUUACUAUUAUUAUUAUCAUCAUUGUAAAAUUGCUCUGCCCGUUCGGAGAAAGAGGUGGGAAAUUAAUACUGUACACUCAAAAUGAUAAUUGAAUUAAUUAAAAAGCAAUGUGGCUACGUAGCAAUAUUUCUCAUCAUAGUUGGUGCGUAUACUUUUUGGGGGGAAAAAAAAAAUCACAACUUGUUCAUUGAGAUGAAUAUCAGAUUUUACAAAUGAAACAAUGUAUUUGAAA